AUGAAAGCAGGAUGGUUGCUGAGUCUCGCCAGCGUCGCUUUAGCUGCGACGCCGGCGGAUUGGCGCUCGCAGUCGAUUUAUUUCCUGCUCACCGAUCGAUUCGCGCGUUCGGAUGGAUCAACCACGGCGUCGUGUAACACGGAGGAUCGGAAAUACUGUGGAGGCACCUGGAAGGGGAUCAUCGACCAGCUGGACUAUAUCCAGGGCAUGGGCUUCACGGCCAUCUGGAUCACUCCAGUAACCGGCCAACUCCCCCAGGACACUGGAUAUGGCGAGGCCUAUCAUGGAUACUGGCAGCAGGAUAUAUACUCCCUCAACGAUAAGUACGGCACGGCGGACGAUCUGAAGGCAUUGGCCGAUGCUCUGCAUAAUCGACACAUGUACCUGAUGGUCGACGUAGUGGCUAACCACAUGGGCUACUCUGGGGCCGGCGACUCGGUCGACUACAGCGUCUUCAAACCGUUCAAUUCGAAAGACUACUUCCACCCCUACUGUCCGAUCAAGGACUACAACGAUCAGACUCAGGCGGAGAACUGCUGGCUGGGAGAUAACACCGUGUCGCUGCCGGAUCUCGACACUACCAAGUCGGAGGUGAAAGAUCUCUGGUACAAAUGGGUGGGCGACCUCGUAUCCAACUACUCCAUCGAUGGCCUGCGCAUCGACACGGUCAAGCAUGUCCAGAAGGACUUCUGGCCCGGAUACAACAAGGCCGCCGGGGUGUACUGCGUCGGCGAGGUUCUCAAUGGAGACACCGCGUUCACCUGUGCCUACCAGAGCGUUCUGGACGGGGUCCUGAACUACCCUAUGUACUACCCUCUUCUGAAUGCCUUCAAGUCCACCAGCGGCAAUAUCGGCGAUCUUUACAACAUGAUCAACAACGUCAAAUCGAACUGUCCGGAUUCGACGCUGCUGGGAACGUUCAUCGAGAACCACGACAAUCCGCGGUUUGCUUCAUACACGAAUGACAUGUCUCUCGCCAAAAAUGUUGCCGUUUUCACUAUCCUUGCAGACGGGAUCCCCAUCAUUUAUGCAGGUCAGGAACAGCACUACGCCGGUGGGGAAGAUCCUGCGAACCGCGAAGCAACCUGGCUAUCCGGAUACUCGACCAAGAGCGAAUUGUAUACGUUGAUCGCAUCGUCAAACGCGAUCCGCAACCAUGCCAUUGCGCAGGAUCCGAAAUACGUGACCUACAAGAAUUACCCCAUCUACCAAGACGAAACCACUAUCGCGAUGCGUAAAGGCAGCGACGGUUCCCAAGUUGUCACGGUGCUGUCGAACAAGGGCUCGUCUGGAUCGUCAUAUACGCUGUCCCUCGGUGACACAGGAUAUUCCUCCGGACAGAAUGUCACGGAGAUUUAUACCUGCGAGACGCUGACGGUGGGCUCGGAUGGGAAGGUGUCUGUGCCGAUGAAUAACGGGCUGCCUCGUGUGUUGUAUCCGAGUGAGAAGUUGAAAGGGAGUAGCCUCUGUAGUGAGUAG